CUCGACCAAAAGUCAGUCCAAAGUCAUCGUCGCCGACACCACACCACCACACCACCCACGAUGCCCCGCCUCCCAUCGCACCUCCCCAAGCUCCUCGCCGUGCUCCCCAACAACGGCGCAUCGACCCUCAUCCGCCCGGCCCAGUGGCCCAAAAACUCGUUCUACAAGGUCACAAAGGCCAACCUCAAGUUCCGCCAGGCCGAGAUUGGCGCCGACGUGACUGUUGGUGCCAAGGCGUGGGGACAGGUGUUCUGGAAGGGCAAGCUCGUGCAGCCCCGAGGACGUGACGGCCGCCCCGACCCCCGUAUCCGCGGCGGACUCAAGUACGUCUGGUCAGAGGUCGACCCCAAGACGCUCGAUGAGGCGACCACAAAGGCCGUUGCCGACGCCGACACCUACCUCGUCCAGAAGACACAGGAGCGCGCAGACGCACUCGCUGCCAAGCGCGCAGCAAAGAAGGAGCGCGUGGCCGCUGUUACUGCUGCGCGCAAGGCCGCCGAGGCCGAGGCGGCCCAGUACUAGACGGACGACAACAAAGACCGAUUCUUGCACAUCACACAUCACCACUCAGGUGUGCCGCACGCACCCGGCACCCCUCACACGACAUGGUAGACAUACAUAACGGAGCGCCAGGGCUCUAGUAUAGGCAGAUGCAGUGUGCUAUGCCUG